UUUCCCCAUCGCCCCAAGCGAUGAGGUGGGCAGCCCCUGUAUGACCUGACGAAAGCAUGGAACGUGCAUGGCAUGGAUAUGGGCACAAUGCACGCGGGACCCUCAUGUUGUGACUGGGCAGAGGGUCGGGGCCGUACUAAUAAGCUCCCCUCGCUUGGUGGCUCCUAUCGACCCUCCAUUUUUCUCUUUUAUACUCCCAAGUGGCCUACCUUGCACGCCAGAGUCUCGUAUCAUUAGGCCACACCCACUCGGCGAUAAUAAAGAUGACGACGCUCGUGCAACGAAGUGUUUCUGCUAUAUCGUUGGAAUAUUACAAUCCUAAGGAUAACGCCAUGUCGGAUGUAGAUGCGGAGAUGUGUCGUCUGUUUGGGUCGUUGAAUCUGGCUGCAUAUGCACCGGUCGACCCUCAAUCAACCACGGAGAGUAAACAGCCACAGCACGUACCUCAGAUUAUCCAACCGGAAGAAGACAUGCAGAUGUCAACAGAAUCAGAAAUGACCACGAUGACGGACGGGGAGGGCAACGUCCAGUUCAUCGAAUCGACUCCUUCUAAAUCGGAAGCCGAUGCACCGAUUGAAGGUUGUGGUCUCAUCCAGAUGCUAUGUGCGCAUUAUGCCCCAGAGUUUUCGCAUUUACACUGUGCGACGCGCGAUCCGGAUUUCAAUUUAUUGGAAACGAUCCUUGCGCAUCGUGAAGCAUUUGUUGCAUUUCCUUUUGGUCAUCGUACAUGCAGCGGCGCACUCACCAAGGUUGCUUUCGAGAUUGAGCGAAGGCAUAACGCUGGCCAACCCUACGUUGCAGACACUGAUAUUGAUACGGCGAUUGCGCUGCAUAACGAGGCGUGGUUGAUGAGUGGGUGGUAUAGCAAGUAGAUCCUACCUACAUAUUCUCCCUUUUAAUUGUAGUAGAUACCUCACCUUAUGCAAAUACCCUUUAUACACGCG